AUCGGUCUCAAUAACCUUUCGCCGUACACCCCCGGAAAUCCUUAACCGUUUCCACGACUACUAAAACUACAAACUGCUGCCGUGUCCGAACCGCGUAUUCGUGGUGUGUGCCCUGCCCGCGAAUUUGCGUAUGCGUGUUCGGUGUGUCAUCGUCGAUCGUCGUCAUUAAAAAAAAAAAAAACAAAAAACAAAAAUAUAAUGAAAUAUGCGUAGAAGUAGUAAGGUACCUACCCGAUUUUCACGGUGAGAGUUUUGUAGAAAUAAAUAUUACGCAGUUGCAUUAACACCACUACAAUUACUAUUGUGCAUAGUAAACUUUAGGUAGUUGUCGAUUUUUGUUAUUAUUUUUCACACGCGCCCCACUGAACUCCGCUGUUCGGAGCACAAGCGCGACAAUUUCACAGAAUAUUGUAUUAUUUAUAGAUAAUUGUCUACACUCGACAAUCGUCGUUCGUCCGCGGUACGAUUCACCUACGUGGCCCGGGUUUCGUAUGUUAUCGCGUUCGACAGUAUUCAUAGUGUUAUUAAUAUUAUUGUUUAGUAAUAACGCAUAAUAAUUGAGUCGGUUUAUCUCUCAUCGUCCUUAUCUCGUCGUCGUGCCGUUCCCGGCGAGGAGGAGGGUUCAUUUGAAUUUCGUGCGCUGUCGUAUUUCCUUGGCCGGUUCCACAUUGCCGAACGCCGUCCGUCUUCAGUCGCUGUUUCGCGUCCCAGUGCCAUUCCCUCGACGGCUGUUCCGUUCGUCUUGAAUAAUAUAGCCCGUUUUAUUAUUGUCCGAAUUACUUUCGAUUUACGAGUUUGCGACGUGUCUUCUAUGGUCACACCAGACCUGGGCCGAAACACAUAAGUCGAAUUAAUUAGAAUAUUCUACGUCCGGCAAAAAGGUAAAGGUCGAAAUUUGUUUGUUUGUUUUCAAUUUUUUUUUAAUGUAACGCAUAGGUAGUUCGUUAAAUAACUAUCCUCGUUUAAUAUGGUGUGUUUUCGUCUCGAGUAGUCAAGGUACUCUGGUAUCCAGUUCCUUAUGGUUUUACACGACGGACGUGUUUUGGGUUAUUAUUAUUAUCAUUUUUUUUCAUUUAGUUUUACAAAGAUCGAAGAGAAGAUCAUCUCUUCUAUGAUGUAAUUUUUUUCUCUUGUACAUUUAAACAUUUUAAUUCAUUAAAUUUGUACAUAAGUAAAUACAUAAUCGAGUAGAUCUUGCAAGUUAUUGUUGUUAACUGUUAUUAAAUAUCCAACAAUAAUUUGUCCAUUAAUCGUUAAGAUAGGUACCUACUAGAUAAAUGACCGAGCAUAUUUCUUACAUUGUCGGUAAUGCCAUUAAUAAAUACUACUAAGUUUUAAUAGUGAGGAAGGUAGUUAAAAGUUAAAACAAUAAAACUGAAUAAUUGUUUAAAAUAUGGUUAUUAUAAGUCAAUUAAAUGUAUUUUAUUUUACCUUAAGUGUGUUUUUCAAUCAUUAUUUUUAGAUAGGUACCUUGCAUGUUAAAAUUCUGCUCAAUAGUUUGACAAUGUUGUAAAAUUAAAUUGCCAGUAGAUACCAACCAUUAUUAAUUACCUAAUUAUAAUAUAUAGAUAUUAAUAAUAACUAACCAUAUUAAGUGAAAUAUUUUCGAUGAUUCUAGAAAAUUUAGCUUUAGGGUUUUUCUAGUACCUAAUUAUGAAUAAUAGUGUUAUAUUUAUAUUUAUUCAUAAGUUCUUCAUCAACAUGUAGAUAACAAGAAGCUCUAUUUAAUAAUAUAGGUAAUAUGUAGGUAGGUAGGAUAUCUUGAGCCUUGACUGAUAAGAAAUCUAGAGCACACAUCACUUUUAUCUGUUUUUGUUUUGUUAAUUAAUUUGUAUUAUAUUAGGACAUGUAAAUCAAUUUAUUUUAUUUUGUCAAAAAUGGCAUAGGUACUUACUGAAGUACCUACUUAAUUGUAGGUAGUUAAAAUUUAUUUACAUAUAAAAAUCAAUCUCUUCAUAGACACGAUCAGCAAUGGCUAAUGUUUUCAACAUUGUACAUCAUUGUCUUUUGAAGGUAUUUUUAUACAUAAUACCAGUCCCUUUAAAACCGAUAAUCAUUGCUUACCCAUGUACAUCCUACAAAAUUAGGAUGACUUGAAAAAGUUCUAAUUUUUUUAGAAUACUUACCUAUUAAUAGUUUUGAGUUAAACAAAAUCUAUUAAUAAAAUAAUGAUAGCUGUAAGAAAUAAUUGGCCUUGGAUAUUAUUUUACUACUUAGGUAAUUAAAUUUUAUUUUAUUUUGUAAAUUCAAUAUUUGUUUAUUCUAAUAUCAGCUGUCUGUUAAUUUGGAUAUUGCUUGGAUUUAAUUUUACUUAAAAGAUAUUAUAAUUUUGAAUAGGUACAUAUUAAAAUAUUAUUUAGCUAGGUACAUAUUCUAUUAAAUAUGUAUUGAAUUACUUGCUCGUUUUUAUAGUUAGUCAUUAUUGAUUAUUAUGAAGUACAUUGUACCUAUUAACCUCAUAUUUGGUUUAUUAGAUUUUAAAUUUGAGAUAUUUAGUUUUUUAACGUAAUGUUUGAUAUAAACAUGAAAUAGGGGGACAUAUUAGGUAAGGGUAUGUUUUGAAAUAUGAAAAAAAUGUUAACAUUACUUAUCUUACAAGUAAAUAAAUAGUAAAAAACGAAAACAAUGCAUUUUAAACCAAAGGAACAAGGGUUGAAUUUACCCCUUAAAAACCUAUUGAAAAUUGUGUCCAUAAAUUACUUAAAUAAACUAAUUUCAUAUUUAGUUAUUGUUCAUACCUACUUAAUAAUGUAUACAGUACACACAAGCAUAUACUUUUAUUACUUUAUAAAUGUUUAUGUAUAUUUUUUUUUAAUUUGAAACUUUGUAAACACACUAUUAGUUACUACAAUUAAGUAUCCGUUAGGAAACAAUGAUUUAAUAUUAUAAAAACACCACCAGAAAAAAUUAUAUAUUUUUAUUUUACAGAUUUAUACUAUAAUGAUAUACAUUAUUAUUGAGGACCUGUCAUUUCUGUUUAAUCAAUAUGUACUAAUUAUAUAUGCGAUUAUACUUGGUUUAAGUUUUUCUAAAUUUACAUACCUAUAUUAUUAUAAAAAAAAAAAAAUGUGGUUUGGUAUCUAUAAUAUAUCUUGUUUAAUAAAAGUACGUUUUUUGAUUUAUUAUGAAUUAGGUUGAGUUAACUUAGAUGCAUGAUUAAGGUCAUCUUGAACAACCUACUAGGUAAAAUAUUGUGUAAAAUAAAACUGGUUUUGAGACAUAGGAAGGACCUACUUAUUUUAUGUUACAAACCAAUAUCCUGGUUUAUAAUUUUCUAACAUCUGUUGAAUAUAAUUAAUAUUACAAAAUGCACAUUUUCGUUUGAGCAUCGACAUUAUGAAUUUAGAUUAUACUUGAAAUUUGUAUUUUAUCAUUAAACCAUUAGAUAAUUAUUAUUUGAUAUUAUUUUAACAUGAUUGAUGCAUAAAUAAGAAAUAGUACUUAUAACUAUUAAAUUUGUAUAAUAAAUUACAAAACUAACUUCCCAAUGAUUUUUCCAAAAAAAUGAAUUUCAUUUUUUUUUUUUCUUUGAAAAAUAGUUUUUAGUUAGGCCAAUGGUUUUCAGCAAUUCACGUUCUAGGUCAUAUUAUGUUUUAUGUUUAUUUCUGGGUUACCUUUCAACAAGAGAAAAACAACUAAUAGUACUCAAUCUUAGAAUAGUUUUUUUCGAGGGUUUUUUUGCAUUACUUUAUUGUUGCAUGCAUAUUAAAUUAUCCUGUACAUCGUAACUUACCAACUACCCAUUUCCAACAGUGGCCUUCCCGUAUCAACUUCUAAAAAAUGUUUUGUUUGGUUUUAUAGAUACUUAUUUUGAUAAACAACCUUUAAAGAUUUUAUUACGUAAUGGUAAAUUAAUCUGACAUUAUUUACUAAUCAAUUGUAAAUUUGUAUGCCUAUAAACCUAGCUAUAAACAAAAGGCCAUUUAAGAAUAUUUAUAUUCUAGAAAACAUGAAAAUAGUGACCUUAGGCAUUUAUACAUUUUAAGGUUAAGUAGCUAAACAUUUUUGAAGGCAUAAUAUAAUAUUGUACGUCAGGAAAUUAUCAUUUGUUUUAUUUUGAUAAUUGCCGGAUUCUGAUUGUUUUAAAUAUAUCCAAUUAGUUUACAAUGAAUUUGGUUUUUUAAACCUAAUGUAGGUAGGGUAACUAUCUAUACAAUAUCUAGAUAAGAUCUAGAUAUUGUAAAAAUAGUUUUUUUGCUUAGUUUAUUCUAUGAUCAUGGUUGAAGAAUAAAUGUGAACUUAAGUUUAUGACUAUUGUUUUUUGUUCCAUUAUAAAUUAUGUUUCAUUUAAAUUUUUUUUAAUAUAUCUAAUUAUUAGUUAAAAUAGAUAAUUAGGUAUGUUAUAACAUUUAAAACUUAAUGGUAGGAUUAAAUAGUUAUGGUUUCAUAUUUGUAAAAUAAUUUUAAUAAUUUAUCUACUUUUUUUCAGUAAUUAUUUAAUUCAUAAUGAGUGAUGACGGCAAUGUAAUUCCAAGUGUUAUACAAAAUGGUGGAAGUCAACACAAAAUAAAAGAGGUUUGUUAUUUUUACAUAAUACAAUAAUUUUAAUUAGUAAUUACUUAUUAAAUAUAAUAUAAUAUAUUUAUAUUUAUAUGUAAAAUGUAAGUCACGAUAUAUUUGUCUUAGGUAUAUUUACUAAUAUUACUGUAAUUUUUGAUUUAUAGAAUUCAUUUUUACCUAGUACUACAACUGAAAAUAACACCAAAAUGAGGUUAGUAUUGAAAAAAGUGUAAUAAGACUAUUUUCGCCUAAAACUAUUUUUAGUGGGUACUUAACUCAUUCUUAAAAUGAUACCAUAAUGUUUUUAUUUUAUUAUUUUGUUCCAUAUUCAAGUUUUAACAACACAGAACCAGCACAAAACUGUAAGUUUAUAUUUGAUUUUUUUUUAUGUUAAUAUUAAUUUUAAAAAUCUAGUUAAUUAGAUUCCUAAUACGUUAAAGUAUUUUGGUAUUCUAAAACUAGGCUAAAUACAAUUGUAUAUGAUUGCUAAUUUUUAGAUGGACCAGACCAAGUUCUACCUGCUUCACAAAAAUUCACAAGUGAAGCAAACGGCAGAGUUACAUUACGCAUUGAAAAUGGUGCUGACAAUACUCCUAUAUCUGUACCUGGACUUUUAACAAAAACUGCUGAAAAAUUUGGAAAUCUGCCUGCUCUAAGUUAUAAAUCUGACAAUAAAUGGGUGAAAGUUACUUACAAGUAUGGUUAUUAUUGAAUUAUUCUUUUUAUAUAUAUUUCUUAUUAUUCGAUAUUGAGCAAAAGCUAUUAGUUUUACAAUGGUUGUACAUUUUGCUUUAUAACUAUUAUUUUAUCAAAACACAUUAAGUUAUGUUUUAUUACUUUAUCAAUUUUUUUUCCGCACAUUUGUAAAUAGUUAUUCUGGCCUGUGAAGCUAAUUUAGAUAUUUUUUUUUAAGUUUUGUUUAUUUCAACAUUAGAAAUUGUGUUUUAAUAUAUGUUUUAAGUUUAUCAAGAUAAAAUUAAAGCAAUUACUAAAAUUGUAAUUUCGAUUUCUUAGAAUAUUUCUUCAAAUUAAAUUUUUUUUAUUGGUAUUUUUAAUACUUGAAAAUAAAAUAAUUACCUCUAAAAUUUGCCUGAAUAUAUUUUAAUUUUUUUUUUUUAGAGAAUAUGAACAAAAUGUACGAACUGUUGCCAAAGCAUUUAUAAAGUUGGGGCUUGAAAGAUUUCAUGGUGUCUGUAUAAUUGGUUUUAACUCCCCUGAAUGGUUUUAUUCAGAUUUGGGAGCUAUAUAUGCUGGGUAAGUUUCUUGUAUUAAUUUACAGUUUAUUUUUAAUUUAUUUUGCAUAUAAAAAAAAUGGAAAAAUUUCUUAAAAUCAUUAGAUUAUUAUUAUUUAAUUUUUUAAAAAUAUAAAUCUUUUAUUGUUAAUAUAGUGGUUUUGCCGCUGGUAUGUAUACGACAAAUCUAGUUGAUGCUUGUCUCCACUGUUUAGAGACAAGCAAAGCAAAUAUAGCGGUAGUAGAAGAUAGUAAACAAUUGGAAAAAAUACUCUCAGUCAAGAGUCGCUUACCCCACUUGAAAGCCAUUAUUCAAUAUGAAGGCAAACCAACUGUAGAAGGUGUCUUAUCUGUAAGUUUUGUUAUUAUCAUAAGCUUAGCACUGUAAGCAAUAAAUUAAUGGACAUUUGUAAAAAGAAAUAUUUAUAUCUAUAUACACAACAACUUUUUAGGAGAGACAAAUAACUAUUUUGCUCCAAUUAAAUUUGUGCAUUAUGAAUAUUUCAAAAUAAUUUCAUACAAAUAAAAUGUUUUGAAAAAUUGACUUUAGCCUAAAAUGAAUAUUUACAUUAGAAGAUAAAUUAUUUACCAUAAUCCUAUUUUGGUAAAUAUAUAACAUAGGUCUCUUAAAAAAUUCCCAUUUAAAUAGUUAAGUAUGUUGUUAAAUUUGCUUUUGAAAUUGUUUUUAUUUUAUUUGGGUUUACAAUUUUAAUUGUAUAUCAAUUUUUUUGUAUUAUGUUAUUAGUGGGAAGAUGUGAUGAGAAUAGGAUCGGCUGAAUCUGAUGAUAAACUAAAUGCUGUACUGAAAACUAUGGGAGUCAAUGAGUGUUGUACAUUAGUAUUUACGGUAAUAUUUUAUUAUUUUUAUUUGUAUACAGCAGGUUCAAUAAAACAAGACAAAAUAUUUAAAUAAUGUUCUUGAAUUAUUUUUAAUUUUUUAAAAAUUACAUAAGUUAUUUAAUUAUUUAUCAUUAUGUAAUUAUAUAACUAUAACUCUUACAUCACACAUCUAAAUGUGUUAAGAAAUUGGGAAGAAUUAUCACGAUAAUAUGUACAAUCAUAAAUAAAACUAUAAAUAAUUUAAAAAUUGUAUAGGUAACUGAUUUUAAUUUAAAUAAAUAUUUUUACACAGUUUUAAUAUUGGAAAGUUUUCAAGAGAUGUGCAUUUUUCAUUAUAUUUAAAUAAGUUGGUUCUCAUUUUAUUUUAAAUAUUUUUCUUAUAAAUAAAUACAUAUGUUUUAGAUUUCCGUUGUUUAUUUCCAAAAUUUAAUAAUCUUAUUUAAUUAUUUCAAGAUUUAUAAUAAGUAAUAAAUGAAUAUAAAUUUGAAUAUUCUAAAUUAAAAUAUGUUCUUGUAGUUAAAAAAGGACUAAAAUAAUUAAAAUUUUAUUUGUUUUCAUUUAGUUAAUUUUAAAUUGGAAGCUUUAUGUUAAAAUUACUUUAAUAAAUAAAAGUCUGUUUAAAAUGUUUUGCAUCAUUUUACUAUUUUUACGAUUUAUUGUUUUACUUUAUUUAUUUUUUUUUAUUUAUUCAAACAUAUUUAGUCUGGAACUGAAGGCGCAUCAAAAGCUGUUAUGGUUAGCCAUGAUAAUCUCACUUAUAAUGCCUUUAUAAUUACUCAAUUAUUAUCAUUAGUGGAUGGUAAAGAAGUUCUAGUUUCAUAUCUACCUUUAAGUCACGUAGCAGCACAGGUAUGUUUAAUUAUGAUGUAAAUUGUAUAGAAUUAAUUUACAAAUUUAGUUAAUAAACAAAUUUAUUUAUAGAUUACAGAUAUAUAUUGUGCUAUCACUCUAGGGGCACAAGUUUUCUUUGGAGAAAAAGAUGCUUUAAAGGUCUGUUACAUGAAAUAGUACACUUAUUAAUAUUAUAUUGUCUACUUUAAUAAUAAUUGAACAUUUUUAUUUUAGGGUUCAUUAGUAAAUACACUCCAGGCAGCUAGACCUACUGUAUUUUUGGGUGUUCCAAGGGUCUGGGAAAAAAUUAAUGAAAAAUUAGUUAGUAUUGGCCGAAAGUCAGGUUCUUUAAAGAAAUACAUUGCUGAUUGGGCUAAAGAAGUUGGUUUACAUCAUUAUGAAGAAGCUAUGAAAGGGUUAGUAUCGAUCUGAUAAAAGUAAUAUUAUGACAUAAGAACUAUAGAUAUGUAUUAAAGAUAUGGAUAGCCAUCAGUAGUAUUUUUGCAUUUGUGAGGCUUGAACUAAUAAAUGAAACUAAUCAAUGAAUUAAACUUAAACUAAUCAAUGAAUAUAAUAACAUAAUAUAAAUAACAUUUGAGCCCUACAAUAAAUCUCUUACCCUACUCCAGACGUGCUUCUUAUAUCUGUUGCCUACAAUGUAUAAUAACAUUAAUGAGGCCUAUUCCUAUCUUUAAUAUUUAUGAUAAAAAGGUAAUGUUUAUACCUUUCUAAUUUUGUAGAUGUCUAUAAAUGUCAUAGGUUAAUAAAAUAAUGUUGAUAUCUUAAACCAACAUCAUAUAAAACUUAAUUUAUAAUAAUUAAUAAAUAUAAUUUACAUUUAACUAUACUAAAUUAUUCCUUAGAAAUCUAUUAUUUUAAUUUUAAUAAUGUAUUUAUUUAUUAACUGACAAAAAAAAAAUAUUACUAACACAAAUUCUAUAAAAUAUAGUUUAUGAAAUUGGGGAUAGUUCUUGACAAUCAAUUUCUCGGGGGGGGGGCCUUUAUCUGUAAGGAAAAGAGGUUAUGUUUUAAUAGAUUUUGAUAAGCUAUUUUCAACAAUGUUAACCUUAAUAUUAGUUUUAAAUUUUUGUUUUUCUAAUAUUAUGUUUAAUUCAUUUCAUUAAACUUUCUGUUUCUAGUAGAGUAAAUUUAAAUUUUAAAGAUUUGAGAGAAGUUUUAGACUUCAAAUUUUUUUAUAUUCAAUAAGAUAAUAAGAUAAUUUGUAUUUUAUGCUUAUAAUUAUUUACUUUUUCUCGGCCUAUUGUUUUUAUCAUUUAUUUAUUAUUAUUUUUUUUUUUUAUAGAAUUGAUAGAGAAACAUAUUCUUAUAAAUUCUUCAAAUGGUUGAUAUAUGGACGUAUCAAGAGCGCCAUUGGUUUUGAUAGGUGCAAAUAUUUUAUUUCAGCUGCUGCUCCAAUAUCAGUUGACAUCAAAAAAUAUUUCAUGAGUUUGGAUAUACCUUUAAGUGAGGUAAUAUAAUUUAUUGUGUGUACUAGUGGCUUUUAGUGCAGUUCUAAUCUUAUUAGUUCAUUAGGCAUUCGGGAUGUCUGAAUGUGGUGGUGCACAUACGUUAAGUCAUCCGACUGAUGAAAACGUAGCUGGUGUAGGAAAAACAUUAAAAGGAGUUUCAUCAAAAAUUGAUAAACCUGACCAGGAUGGUAAUGGAGAGGUGAAUAUCAAUAAUCUUAUUUUAUGUCAUAAAUUAUUUUAUAUAUGUAUAAUUUGACAUUAUGAAAAGUCAAUAUUCAUGUAAUUUGUUAUGUUUAGUUGUGCAUAUAUGGACGUCAUGUUUUUAUGGGUUAUUUGGGAUUACCAGAUAAAACAAUUAGUACUAUAGAUUCAGAUGGUUGGCUUCAUUCUGGUGAUAUCGCUCAAAUCGAUACAAAAGGAUUUGUUGCCAUUACCGGGAGAAUAAAGGUAAAGAGAAGUAAAAACUAUUGCAGCCGUAUGGAAAUUGUUUAGUGUUUUUUUAAAUUUUUUUUUUUAGGAAUUGCUUAUCACAGCUGGUGGAGAAAAUAUACCUCCUGUAUUAAUUGAAAACAAUGUUAAAUCUGAAUUACCUAUUGUUAGUAAUGCUUUCUUAAUUGGCGACAAGAGAAAAUUUUUGUCUAUUUUGUUGUCACUGAAGGUAGUUACUUUUUUCUAAAUAAUUUUCUUAUAAAAUGUGUACUAUAUCACUUUCUUGUAUGAUAUUCAGUGUGAAGUAAAUGCUGAGACUGCAGAACCAUUAGAUGAUUUAACCCCAGAAGUGAUUACAUGGUUGUCAUCACUUAAUUGUAAUUUUACUAAGGUAUCAGAGGUCGUAGCAAACAAACCAAAAGAAGUUUUUGAAGCCAUUCAAUUAGGUCUUGAUAGAGCAAACAAAAAAGCUAUAUCUAAUGCUCAAAGAGUUCAGAAGUUUGCUCUUUUGCCCACUGAUUUCUCCUUGCCUACCGGUGAACUAGGUAAGUCAAUUAAAACUUUUAUUUGUAUCUUAUUUUAUUUUUUUAUGUUUGAAUAUAAUAUAAUUUGAAAAGAAUUUAGUUAUUUGUGAUAGGAUUUAAAGUUUUUAAGCAUAAAUUAUAAACACAAUACAUGCUUAUAGUAAAGAAUGUAGUUAAUGGUAGUGUGACUUAUGUUCUAAUAAUGAAAUUAUUCAAAUAUUAAUUAUUAUAUAUUGUGUGAUUUUUUUUAUCAUUGUUUGGUCAGGGGAGAGUAGUUGAGUAUCAUUUGUGUGGCGGCAUGGCAUACAGGCGUUUUAAUAAUAUACCACCACUUACCCCCGACCAAAACUUAAAAGUUGAAUAUCUCGUCAAUAGGUUGAUGUAAAAAAAAUUUUAACACCAAAAUUUAUUUUAACUAUUAUUUAAGGAAUUUUCAAUAUAGGUUGCUAUUUGAAAAUCAAAAGUAGGUACUUGUUUCACCCUCAAAAAUAAAGGUGACAAAAAAAAAAAAAAAAAUGAAAGUCAAUAUCUUGAAAUAAUGAGUGUUCAGCGAUAAAAGUAUCACUCAGUUUAUAUGUAUAAAUGUAGAAAAAUCGUUUAAAGCCUGGGGUAUUAUAAAGGUUUAGUUUUUGUGUAAUUAUUAAUUAACAAUUAUAUAUUACUUUUUUAUUUUAUUUAAAGUGUAUGCAUUUUUUAAAGUGAUUUAAUCUUACAGAAAUAUAUUUAACUUUUCUAUAGUUUUAACAAAAUAAAUCCUGAUAAUGUUGGUUUGUGUGAUUUAUUGCACAUUAUGUUACCUUAGAAUAUAUUAAUUUAAUUUCAUAUAUUCUGUGAUAUUAUCUGUGAGGUUUCAACCUUUCUUUAAUAAUAAUUCAUUAGUGAAUACAUUUUUUUCUUCCUUUCAGGAUUAAAAUACUGCAUAUUUUAAAUUUUGGUCAAUACUUAUUAUAUUAUUAUCUAAAUGAGUGUUAUACAUUUUAUAUUUAAAAAAAAUCACAAUUGCGUAAUUUUGUUAAUGAUUGCACAUUUAAAUAUGUAUUAAUUAUAUAAUAUAGUUUUUCUUUUAUUUUCGUGAGUGGGUAAUAAUGCUUUGAUUUUAAUUAGAUGAACAUUAAUAUUUCAUGAACACUUAAAAUACACCAUCCAUGUGUAAUUUUUAUUAUCUAGGUAAACUGAUUUUCUAAUGUCAAUUGUUUAUUUUUAUAGGUCCUACACUUAAAUUGAAACGUCCUAUAAUCAAUGAAAAAUACAAAGAUUUAAUUGAAGAAUUUUACAAGGAUUAAUGAGACCAUUUUACUAUAUUAGUAAAGGACAAUAUUUGUUCAAAUUAAAUGGCGAACGAAAAGUAUCUACAUAAGAAAAUAAAAAAUAAAAAUAGAAAAAACCAAUUGCUCACACAGGGUAUUCUUAAAUAAGCUCUUCUGUUUUAUUAAUUUCAUUUUGUAUUGGUGAUAAAUCUGCAAAUAUGUAAAAUUAUUUUUUUAUUGUAUUUCUUUUUUCUGCUCUUGAAAUUGUUGUUGUACUUAAAUAAGAGUAAGGUGUUUUUAUUAUAUUUAUUGGUACUUCGUGACCUAAAUUUGUACUGGUGAUGUGUACAAAACAUUUGUUUCCUGUAGGUAGCUAUCAACUUUUUAAUUUAAUUAUUUUAAAUAGUCAAGUUAUUAUAUUGUUUUAGUAAAAAAUUUUUAUUGUGAUAUUCUUUUCUCAAAAAAAAAAAAAAAAACAAACUGAUAUUUAUGAUAUAUUUUAUUUUAAUAUUAUUUAAAAUUAAGGCAAUUAAUUUGGUGAUAAAAGUUAUAAACAAUAUAAUAAUUGUUAUUUAUAAUAUGUAUGCACAUAUAUACUUAUUGAUGCAUAUAUCAUGCUAUACAUUUGUAGUAUGAUUUCCAGGACACAUGUGACUAUAUUAUAUUUAUUAAACAUUCUAUACGACUUGUUGAAAUUUUCUUGUGACAGCUACAAUUGAUGUUUAAUCAAUUAAUUAAUAUUUACUAUAUAAUUUUAUCUAAAUCUUCUGCAAUGUCACUUUGACUGAUUUUUGAUUGUUUAAUUGUUUUCAAUUGUGGUUGGUAUUUUUGUAUUUUUGAAUCAAGGAAUAACUGUUUAGUUUAUUACUUUCAAGUCUAUUACUCCCAACUUUUGUUAAUUAUUUAAUUUUAUUAUUGGUGCACAUUGUUUUGUUCAAUGGGCCUCUGCCUGUUCAAUAAAUAUAGCCGAACUAAUUCUGUUAAUAGUUGUUCAAUUUUUUUUUACAUUAUUUAAUAUUCAUAUUAUUGCUCAUAUUUUGCUUAUUACUUUGAACUAAUGUUCGGUAAUUUAGUUGUUGAAAAUAAACACCAUAUUAUUUGCCCUUUAAUGGUUAAUCUAUUAUUAAGUAAUAAUAUGAUAUGAUUUUUAAUAUUCUCAAGUACUUAAUUUCAGUACAAUUUAAAAAAUGUUAAAUGUUAGGCACUACGUGUUAUAAGUUCUAUUUUAUCUUUAUAAAAAACAAAAAAAAAACUUUAAGUUCCUUUGUACCUUUAUUUUUUGAUCUAAUGUUCAAUUAAUGUUUAACUAAACAAUGUUAUAAAGACAAUAAAAAGUUGGGUAAUAAUUAUUAUCAUUUAAAACAUAGCAAUAAUUUAAGGAACUUUAAAUAAAUGUACAUUAUUUUUUUUAUUUUUGAAAUUUAUAUUACACUUGAUAAAUAUAUUUCAACUAAAAUGUUAUAUUUUUACAAACAUAUUUAUUAUGAACCUUUUUUAUGUACAUACAUACUUUUAAAACCAAUUUAAAUUAUAUUCGUUAUGUGCUUAUAAAAAUAUAUUAAUAAUCUUUAAUUGUGAUUAAUUGUGAUUUUAAGUGCAAUAUUGCCAAGUGUUAUUAAAACAAAUUAGUGUGUCAAAUGUUAUUAUAUUUGUUGCUAGUAACUCAUUUAUCAACUUGAUCAUACAAAUUGAUUCAGUAAUUUUAUCUACAGAGAUAAAAUUACCAAAAUCUUAUUUGAUUCAUGGUCAUCUUUACCUUUCAAUAUAUAAAUCCCAUAAUUAUUUGUUUGAGAAUGAUUAGUGUUAUAAAAUAACCAGGGUUGGGUUAUGUCUGUUUCAAAUAAAUUGUUUUAGUUAGUAUCUGUAUAAUAUAACUUUCCUACCUACCUUGUAUAUUGUAUAAUUUGUAAUAAUCUUAAGUGUUUAAAAAAUAAUUGGAAUUCAUUUUUCGAUUAAUUACGAAAAAUGUAUACAAAUAUGUCUACUUAAAUAUCACUACGUAUACCUACACUGUAUAUUAUGAUUCAAUGAUUAGAUUGAAGGUAUAAAAUCAUAGGUACUUAGUAGGUACAAUCAAGGAUGGAUCAAAGGUGGGAUGAUAGGGACGAUCACUUCCCCUCUCGUUUACUCCAAUAUACUUUUGGCUACAUUAUACUCCUAGUAGGAUUCAUUAUUGAGCUCAUCAGUCAUCAUAAAUGCGUGCCUUAUGUGCAUUGUCAAAACCCGUAACAUUGUCUUGGAUCCGCCUAACUGCCUAUGGGUACAGUCUGUGUUAACCGUCAGUUAAAUUGGCAAAGUGGCAUCAACGCUUAUCAGUGAUUAGUAAUUGUAGUCCAAACUAGUUGUGAUUUGUGGUUUGUUUGUUAUGAUUUUAUAAUAAUAUACGAUUUUGGCUACAUGAAAUUACGAAAAACUCCUGUUUUCGAUUAUUUACGCCGCCACCGUCAUGCAAAUUUAUCUAACGCAGACUAUAAAACCAACAUUUCCCCCCCCCAAUUUUAAAAUUUGAUUUUUCUUGGUCCAAUCAUUAGUAUUGGUUAGUAGAACAAAAUUUUACUAUUACCUAUACCUACCAAUAAGGCUGAAUAACAUGCAUUAUAAUAACCAAAAAAUUGAAAAAAAACUAAAAAUCAAAAUUGCAUGGCCUUUCAAUAACUUAAAGUUUUUUAAAUCAAAUCUACUAUUAAUACACGCUCAUCAUUAAAUUUAAAACCAUAAGAAUUACCCGAAUAAUUAAUAAUUAGAAAACAAAAUGUAUAGACCGUUUUAUUAAAAUAGUCCAAAUAUUUCGUUCUUACAAUUUAUCACUGUAUAUUACAUGAUGUACCCGUAGUAUACAGUUUUGUUAACGUAACAAUUGGAGAUGAUCUAUUUAACACAGAGUUUACAGAGACAAGUUAUUUUGCAUAUUUUAAUUUUUUAAUUUUAAAAAUAAACAAUUAUCUACUAACGGUGAGUUUUGCUCUACUAGACAAUACUAACGGGAUACUAAAGAUUGGACCGAGAAUAAUAUCAUAUUUUAUAAUUGGGGGGGGGGGACCGGGAAAAUGUACGCGAUUGUAAAAUAUCUGUAUACAUUUUUACAAGGUAUCCAAUAAUAAUUAUACAUUUAUAAUCAAUAAUAAAAGCUGUAGUUAUUUGAAAUAAGUGUAAAUUAUAAUAUGAAAAAAUGUACUUGCCUAAAUCGUACGUAAUACUAUGUAUAUGCCAAGUGACAACGGGAAGCCAAAAACAGAAUGUAGUGAUGAAAACAAAAUUUCACUGUAACAUCCGAGUUUGAUAACUGAGUAGAAUAAACGUAAAGGUACUUUUAUUUAGGUAGGUACCUAAAUUAGUUGUUGACAGCAUCUGCGAGUCAAGCUCAACAAAAUUAUUCGAGUUUCAAGAUAAACACUACGGUCGAACUUGGUUAUCCCGAACUUCUUUAACUCGAAAUCGUCGAUACCUCAAACUUUUUCUCCGGCCCCUAGAAUUGCCUAUUUAAACAAUGUGAACAAAUCCUGUUUGACUCGGAUAUUUGAGUUUUAUUAAUAUUAUAAUAUUGUGAAAUUUCCCUCGUGUACCAAUGUAUUUAUUUUAAUAUCGAAAAUAAGGUCGUUAGCGUUAUAGUUACCGAUUAGUUAAACCACUUAUCGAACUGGUUGACAACACGACAAUGUAUGACUUUCGGGUUCAGUGAUCCGUGGUUCGUUUCAACGUGACCCCACGUAAUUUUUCGUUCGUAAUGUCAUCAAAACGCGUGCUAAAAACGCUAACAUACGAGGGAAAAGCGGCAGCGAUACGGGAAGUUGAAAAUGGAUUGAAAACAAAAUCUUUGGUAGCUAAAGAAUUUUGGUAUUCCACUUAACACUUUCUCAACCUGUCUUAAAAAUAAUUAUGCUCAUGAACAAAGUGGACUGAGAAUACAACUAUCCGCUACCUAAUUUGUUAUUGUGAUUUAAACUAUAUUCAAAUACACAAUACAGAAUUAUUGUAUUUUUUUGUUAACUUUGAAUAGGUUUUCGUGUUUACGUACAAUAGCCAGUGGCGGAUAUAUCCUACUCCUGAGGGGGCGGGGUGAUUUUCAAAUCCACAAACGUUACGGGGUUUAUUCCCACCAGUGAUUAUUUCACUUUCAUCCCGUGGGAGGAGGGUAUCGUAAAUUUCCGAAAUUUCCUGUGCACCUAUAUAAAUUCUUAAGUAUUAAGUCGUAGAUAAUAAUAUAUAGAGAUGACGAUUAUCCCAAGGGGGAGGGCGGCCCCCCCCUUCCGAUAUCCGCUACUGAAAAUAGCCAAUAGCGCGGGUGCCCGAGACGAGAUGCGUGUUCUGUAUUUUAUUUCGAUCACUCAGUAUACGUAUAUAUGUAUAUUUAUAUAUAUAAGGGCGCCCAUAGGGUGAUUUUCAGUUGGGACACAAAACGAAACCAAAACCUAUGUGUAGCAUAUGGAUAAUAGGUUGUGUUAUUUAUUGAAAAAGAAUGAGUAAUUAUGUAAAAAU